AUGAUUUCCUCUAAGAAUAGUGAUUCUUCUUGGAUACCGAAUUUUCAUAGCCACCAAGUAGCUGACCGUCUCCACAGAGUAGUAUCCUCUGUCGACGUAAUCUCCCAUGAACAGAUAGUUUGUGUCUGGGCAAGGCCCUCCGAUUUUGAACAACUCCAUCAAAUCGUGGAACUGGCCGUGAAUAUCUCCACAUAUAGUGACUGGCACUUGCACGGGCUGGACGUUCUGCUCGUCCUUGACAACUUCGAUUGCCAUAGCGCACAAUUGUUUAACAGAGUUUUCACUCAAUGGUUUACAUUGGCUCAAUUGUUCUAUCCAACCGUCCAACGUGUCUCUUUGGGUGGUGGGGUCUGUAAUGCUAAUUGGAACUUGGGACAGAAUAGAAGCCUUUUCUGCCUGUUCCGCCUGUGUUUGCUCAACAGCGUCUUCCAUUUGAAUGUCGGAGUCCAGAUCCAUCGUUGUUGUUGGAUGUUUAUUAGUAAGAAAAGUGUGUUGUAUCACUUGAAAAGUUGA